AUGCAGCUUACAGAGGACCAAUUGGUCUACCUAAAAAAGUUAAUCUGUAUUCGAACGAAGCAGCGAGAGCAGAUACCGCCCACACAGCAAGGCUGUAUCAGUCCAUCCAUGAUCAUCGACGGUUUCCUAUACCAUGGCGAUUUGAAUCAUGCAAAGAACACAAAAUUACUCCAAGAACUCGACAUUCGACAUAUCAUCAAUGUGUGCGAUUGUCCACUGGAACAAAACAUUCUUGGUCAAUGUCAGGUCUUAUGGAUCAAUUUGGACGAUGAUUUGUACACUGAUAUUGCCGAACAUUUUAAUACGACAAAUGAAUUUUUGCAGUCCUAUGAGCUCCAAUGUGACAAUGAUUACAAAACAAACCAACACUACAAUUUGGCAAAAACAAUACUUGGUGGUGUAAUCUUUGUUGGUUCCGUUGCUAUUAUUAUCGCAAUGCCAUGGGCUUUACCAAUUGAAGCAGCUAUUGUCGUUGGUGGUGUUGUUGCACUUGGCGCAUCGAUUCCGUCAGCCAUAAAAUUUUUGUCAGGUUUUAAUGGUAUAAGAUUACAAGAUGAUGUUGACAAGCUAUAUCAUAAAUUCACAUUAGCUAAUGAAGACCUUGAUAAAAUGAAAAAAAAAUUAUCAGAUAUUAAAAUGAAUCAUGAAAAAAUAACAAUACGUUUAGAUGAUGAAGAAACACGGUCAUUAAUUGAAUUUUAUAAAAUAAUACUAAAAAAUAUUGAUGAAAUAAGAGACAUUUGUUUAUGA